AUGGGUGACUCUUGUCGCGAAGUGGAGAGCGCCACCGGGACACAGUCAUUGCCUCUUUCUAUACCACAAAGCACCACUCCGGCCGCCUCAGCUGCGCUGAAAAAUGAGGCACACGUCGAUCACGCCGCAGAGCGCAUAUCCGGGGCGUCCGAGUCCCCACGCACCCCCUCGCCGAUCCUCGGCAGCCAGGACUCUGCUGCUAUCGAUCCAAUCAGUGGGCAUCACCCCUUUCCGCAGGUCGGUCUUGGGAUUGGCACACUGGAGCAUGAGAUGCAACUGCUCAUGGGCCUCGAGGACGGCGAGGAGGGGCAUGUACCGCCGGACCGGCCGAGCGAUGUACUGAUCGCGGAUGUGCUGGACAAGUUGGAGCAAAUGGACGUGCCUACCGAAAGCGCUGCCUUGCGCAGCAAAUCUAUGCCCGAAAAAGAGCGGCAGCUUGCCUUGAUUCUCCUCGAACUCGCACACUGCGUCAGGCAGCAGGACGAGGCGCGCGACAAGCUGAAGCAUCAGCUGCGUGUCACACGGCUUGCAUCGCUCUCCUUGUUUUCUUCACUUCGCAUCUCGUACUCGCACAUGCUCAGUGCCGAGCGCGACAUCCACUCGCGCCUUGAAGUCGAACUGAGCGGAUCCAAGAGCCAGUCCAAGAUGCUCAGCGACAUGGUAUCGCGCGCCUCGCUUAAUGGCCAAGAUACGUAUGCAAUACCCGCAGAGGCAGAGGUAUUGGACGACGAGCUCCGCCGCCCGCCGUCGGCCCAAGCCGUCACGGAGCGCAACAAGCUGCUUGCAGACAAGCGCCACCUUCGCCAACGCGUGCGCGACGCAGAGGCGCAAGUCACCAGGCUUGAGGCGGAGCUCCGCUCGCUGCGCCCCAUGCUCUUGCGCCAGUCGAGCUUCGAAGAAGAGAUGCCGCUGGAGUCUCGCACACCAACGCGAAACGCCCGCAGGCGCCGCGAGGCGAUGAUGGGCGACGCCAAGUCGGAGCACUUACUCCUCGCCUCGCGCAUGCUGCGUACGUUGCGCCACGCGGCCAGAUCCAAUGCUUCGCCAAGCACCUCGCCGUCAAAGUACGAGGUGCGCACGGAUCGCCACUCGCCCGUGACGCCGCGCCGCACCCGCGAAAUACACCCUUCCACACCGACCCCGCGCCCAAAAAUCGCCACGGAUCUCCACGAAGCGGGCCGCAGUGUCCCAGAAGCACAUGCGCCGUGGUCCGCAAGCAGUGGGUCGAAUGCGCCCUUUACCAGCGGCAUCGACGAGCUCCUGCACGCCGCUCAAUCCUUAACGGGCCCCGAGCCAAGCUCCGAUCCCGCUCGCCACCCACGCGAAAGUUUCGAUUUGCAGUCAAGCCCGACGCAUGUUUCCCCACUCCGUUCGCAAAUGUGCUCCGAGCGCCGAGCGCCCGUGUCUGCGCCCGUGCUUGGCAGCCCCAAAAGGCGCCGCGUCUCGCUCUCACACAUGGACUUGGAGGACGGGUGCUCAGAGCGCGAUCGGCCCUGGGCGCAUCGCUCCGCGCAUGUCCACGAAACACACUCGGCGUUGGACCUCCUCGCGGACCAAGCCGCUUCCCACGAGUACCCGCACUCGAGCCUGAAAACACCCGCGCGUGCCAACAUCGCCGCAAUGCACCGCCAAAUGCAUGCCAACACACAACCGCAUGAGCCAUCGAGCUGGGCCGUGGUGCCAGGCGCCAAGAGCGCGUCUGCGACCAAGCCCAAGGUCGGUGGAAACCAAAGCCCCGAAAAGCGGCUGCCUUAUGUGCGCUGGUCGGCAGAAGAGGAUACCAAGUUGCGCCGCGCAAUCAAGGAGCAUGGCCAGCGCUGGGAGCAUGUCGCGCGCGCGGUAGGCACGCGGUCUUACCACCAGUGUCGUCAGCGGUACCUGCUCAUGCGGCGCAAGGAAGCGGCGGCGAAUGGGCUAACUUCCCCAAGCAAGAACCAGGCGCGCACACCGACGCGUCCUCCAAGCUCGCUCGCUUCCAAUGGACCUGUACAGCUGCGCACACCAAGCAAGACUCACGAUGACGAGCCAGAUAGCAGUACGGGCUCGGACGACGAAGCGCGCGUGCAUGCAAAGCCAUACAAUGUGCACGGCGCGCUGCCCAUGAUCCCUCAGCCGCAGUUUGUCCUGAACGCUUCGCCACACGCCGCGCGCUACGACCGCCCACGCAAUUCUGCGCCGCUUGGCUCGCCACAUCACCGCACCUCGCCGCCGCGCGGCUUUGCACGGAGUCGUGUCGGGCCCGUGUUAUACAGCUAG